AACCUGAUGACUACUACACCUGCCUGCCAUUUGUUAAUUCAUCAUCUCCAGCAGCAGCAUACACGAGCAGUGCUUUACAUAACGCGUGCAUUUGAUUUGAUCUCACACAUGAUAGUGAGAUAUCACCGGUUAUUCUGUGGACACGGACACAAACGGAGGGUGAUCCAGAAUGAACAGGGCUGCCGCCACCUGCUGGAUAUUUCUCCUGCUUUCAGCAUUCCUCUGCGAUCAGGUGAUGUCCAAAGGUGGCAGAGGAGGUGCCAGGGGUUCAGCUCGGGGCAGCGCCCGAGGCGGCCGGACGUCCCGCACCCGAGGCUCCCCCGCUGUGCGGGUGGCAGGGGCAGCGGCGGCCGGGGCUGUGGUGGCACUGGGAGCCGGAGGAUGGUACGCGUCGGCCCAGCGCCGACCGCAUGACAGCUCAGAGCAUGGAGAUGAUUACUACAGUAACAGAACAGACUGGGAGCUUUACCUCGCCAGGACAUCAAGCGCAAUAGUGUAUGACUCCACUACCACUAAACUUUCCGCUCUGCUCCUACCAAUAAACCUGGUCAUGUACUUUGCCCCUUGAGGCAGUUUAAGACACAGAUUGGCACAGCUUAAUAAGCUGCUUAUGUAUGUUACUGUGCAACACCUAUGUUUAAUAAUGUGUCUGUUGCGCAACAAAGAGGAUAUGAAAACAAAAGAAAGAUUCAAAACUUUUAUUUAGUUUAGUAGACAUUUUACGAAUAGGAUCUGAAGUUAGACUGCAUAGUUUGCUUCAACAGGAGCAUUAGUAACUAACCAUACAACUAUAGACUACUUAAAUUAUGCUGGUUACAUCAUGUACUGGAUGGCAAAAAUACUGUGUUAUUGUUGUGCUGCUGAACGGCUGGAGAAACACCACUGUAAUUGAGAUUUACACAAACGUGAACCUUUUUUUAAUGAACCUUUGUCUCUUUAUCAAUAUUUAUGUUCACAUCUAACUAAUAAUUGUGUGUAGAUAGAAGAGGUAUGCUGUAACAUGUUUAGAAUAUGAAAACUGUUUCUAUCUGUACCUGUACUUCCAUUGCUGUGGGUGUUAAAAUGUCCUGUUUUUAAAUUUCUACUUUAGCCAUGCUAUUUCUAGUAGAAUUUUUUGAUAAUGCAGUAUGUAUUAAGUACACAAGUGUUUAAAAAAGGCAGUGAAAUUAAAGAUGUUUUUAUAAUAUAACACUUCACAAGCACUGUUUACCAGCUGUUAGAUCAAUUUAAAAGAUUACAAUUUUAGAAAUCAAAGCAAUUACAUGCCAAAUAUUUUAUAAAAUGGACAUAUUAGUAAGGAAAAAUAACUGAUGUGAAAGUAGACAAUCUAAUUGU